CCCGCCCUGCCAGCGCGGGUCCCGGCGGCCUGCGCGCGCCCGGGAGUUUCAAGUUCCUCGGGUUUGCGGCAGUUUCGCAGAGGAAGCGGGUGGUGGGGUCUCCGCCUGCCGCAACUGGAGGGCGUAGCACACGGGUAGCGGAGAGGCGCCGAGAAGCAGCGAGGAUGCCCGGGAGAGGGAAGGCGUCGGUUUCUGGGCGGCGCCAAGUCUGUGAGGGGGCGCGGUCACGGCCGAGGCUGCCCUAGCGCGCCAGGGCGGCCACGUCCCGCUCCCCCCGGUGAGGAGGCCGCCGCGGUGUGUAGUCCUAAGGGUCUGUAGGCAUGUCCGAGGUGAAGAGCCGGAAGAAGCCGGGGCCCAAGGGAGCCCCAGCGGAGCCUGAGAAGCGGAGCGAGGGCGGAAAGAGCCCCGAGGCCCGGGGCGGCGGAGGCGGGGGCUGGGCGGACCCCCGGACGGCGCUGAGCCUGCUGUCGCUGGGGACGUGCCUGGGCCUGGCCUGGUUUGUAUUUCAGCAGUCAGAAAAGUUUGCAAAGGUGGAAAACCAAUACCAGUUACUGAAAAUAAAAACCAAUGAGUUCCAAGGUCUUCAAAGUAAAAUCACUUUAAUUUCAGAAAAGCUUGAGUCUACUGAAAGUAUCCUGCAGGAAGCUACAUCAUCCAUGUCUUUGAUGACCCAGUUUGAGCAGGAAGUAUCCAGCCUCCAAAGUAUCAUUCAAGACAUUCAAAAUAGUGAAGAGAUGCUCACUCAAAAGAUGCAAAACCUUAAUGAGAAAUUCCGGAAUAUUACAGAUUUCUGGAAGAGAAGCCUAGAAGAAAUGAAUGUUAAUACAGACAUUUUCAAAUCAGAAGCAAAACAUAUACAUUCUCAAGUUACUGUACAAAUUAAUUCAGCUGAGCAAGGAAUAAAAUUACUCACUGAGCGGCUAAAAGAUUUGGAAGAUAGCACACUAAGAAAUAUUAGAACAGUAAAAAGACAAGAAGAAGAAGAUCUCCUGCGAGUAGAGGAGCAGCUUGGAUCUGAUACAAAAACAGUUGAAAAGUUAGAAGAGGAACAGCAUGCUCUCUUUGCCAGAGACGAAGAUCUGACUAAUAAACUUUCCAAUUAUGAGCCCAAAGUUGAAGAAUGCAAGACACAUUUACCAACAAUUGAAAGUGCUAUUCACUCUGUUCUCAAAGUCUCUCAGGAUCUGAUAGGAACAGAAAAGAAAAUGGAAGACUUGACUAUGCAGAUGUUUAAUAUGGAAGAUGAUAUGCUGAGAGCAGUGUCUGAAAUAAUGGAGAUGCAGAAGAUCCUUGAAGGAAUUCAAUAUGAUAAUAGCAUAUUAAAGAUGCAAAAUGAACUGGAUGUUCUCAAAGGAAAAGUUCAUGAUUUUAUAGAAUAUUCAAGUAUAAGAGAAAAGGGAACUUUAGAAGAAUAUAAUCUAGAAAAUAAAGGAAUUGAUGGUGAUUUUUAAAUUCACUACAUUUACUCUGAUGAAUCAUAUUAUACAUAAAUUGAUUAGUUCCAUGGUUUUGAAUUACUUUGUUUUCAUAUGCCUCACUUUAUCCUACAUUAUUAGGAAAUAAAUGAGAUGUCCACACAAAUGGAUUACCCAUAUAAUCAAAGCUUUUUUUGUUUUUGUUUUUAUUUUUUUUUGAGACAAAGUCUCACUCUGUUGCCCGGGGCUAGAGUGCCAUG